GAAAGAUAUCUACUUAUCUAAAACAUCUGAUAAAAAUAUCUAUGGAGAUGAAGGGAAAAUAUUUGGUAACUGUUAUUCUCUUGAUUGGUACGUUAAGUGUGGGGAUGUGUUCCAACCGUUGGAUAAGAGCUCAUGCAACGUAUUACGGUGUUAAUGAUAGCCCUGCUUCACUUGGAGGAGCUUGUGGAUAUGACAAUCCGUACCACGCCGGAUUCGGAGCCCACACGGCGGCCCUAAGCGGUGCACUAUUCAGAAGCGGUGAGUCAUGCGGUGGGUGCUACCAGGUGAGGUGUGACUUCCCCGCAGAUCCUAAGUGGUGUCUCCGAGGAGCUGCCGUGACGGUGACGGCUACAAACUUUUGUCCAUCAAACAACAAUAAUGGUUGGUGCAAUCUCCCUCGCCAUCACUUUGACAUGUCCUCACCAGCUUUCUUCCGCAUCGCACGUCGUGGUAACGAAGGCAUUGUUCCCGUCUUCUAUCGCCGGGUGGGAUGCAAGAGAAGAGGAGGCGUGAGGUUUACGAUGAGAGGGCAAGGUAACUUCAAUAUGGUAAUGAUCUCAAACGUUGGUGGUGGUGGCUCGGUGAGAGCGGUAGCAGUACGCGGCUCAAAGGGAAAAACUUGGCUUCAGAUGACCCGUAACUGGGGUGCUAACUGGCAGAGCUCUGGUGAUCUCCGGGGACAAAGACUCUCCUUCAGAGUAACUCUUAUUGACCGUAAAACGCUGACGUUUUUGAACGUUGUCCCUUCUUCUUGGUGGUUUGGCCAAACCUUCUCCUCUCGGGGACGCCAAUUUGUCUGAAUAUAUCAGGCCAAAACAUCAAACAUUGUCAUCGUUUUACGAAUGUU